UUCUUUUCGACGUCCAUGAGACACACCGACGACAUAGAGGAAAUUAAAUAUAAAUGCUACUUUGAAUUCACUUGCCUUUGUUUUGAUGCAUAUUUAGCUUAAACACUUCUACGAGGGGCUCGUGCGUCUGUUUGGUGUUUUUCGCACUAAAAUGAAUGAAGUAAAUUUGUCCCAUUAGAGACGCCGUAGCGGGUGUGCGCGCAGCUUCCGCCUACUCCAACCUCAGCAGGAAGUGGGCAGAGUCCAGAGUGGAAAGUGAGCAAACUAUCAAAACAAACGAAGGAGCAGCCAGAGCAUCGUUUCAUCUCCAGCUAACGGGUCACAGCAUCAUCAUGGACGGUGUACCGGUGUCACUGCGGUGCUUUAAUGAGUGCCACUCCACGGAGAUGUUGGUGGAUGAUGGAGUGGAAACGGUGACUUCAGUGGAGCAGAAAAAAGUGGAGCGAAGCAUCGAAGAAGUCUUCACUGCUUACAAGCAAAUACACAGCUUACCACAGCCGACCUUGUUGCGGGAGCAACACUACCAAUAUCUCAAGAAAGGCUUACGGCACUUGUCGGAUGCAUAUGAGUGUCUGGAUGCCAGCAGACCGUGGCUUUGCUUCUGGAUUCUUCACAGUCUGGAGCUACUAGAGGAGCCCAUUCCUGCUGCUGUCGCCUCAGAUGUGUGUCAGUUCCUGACUCGCUGUCAAAGCCCGACGGGAGGUUUUGCUGGAGGACCGGGACAACACGCCCACCUCGCACCUACAUAUGCUGCUGUCAACGCCCUCUGUAUCAUCGGCACGGAAGAGGCCUAUAAUGUUAUAGACAGGGAGAAGCUGUUAGAUUUCCUAUGGUCAGUGAAGCAGCCAGAUGGCUCGUUUGUGAUGCACGUUGGAGGGGAGGUGGAUGUCAGGAGUGCGUACUGUGCGGCUUCUGUAGCAUCGCUCACAAACAUCCUCACACCCAAACUGUUUGAGGACACGACCAGCUGGAUCCUCAGGUGUCAGAACUGGGAGGGUGGUCUAAGCGGGGUGCCAGGGCUGGAAGCUCACGGGGGGUACACGUUCUGUGGCACAGCUGCUCUCGUCAUCCUGGGGAAUGAACACAUGCUGGAUCUUAAAGCUUUACUGAGGUGGGUGGUCAGCAGGCAAAUGCGUUUUGAAGGAGGCUUCCAGGGCCGCUGUAACAAGCUGGUGGACGGCUGCUACUCUUUCUGGCAGGCUGGACUCCUGCCUCUCCUCCACAGAGCCCUGUUCAAAGAAGGAGAGUCGGAGCUGAGUCGGCAGCGGUGGAUGUUCGAGCAGCAGGCCUUGCAGGAGUACAUCCUCCUCUGCUGUCAGAACCCAUCAGGGGGCCUCGUGGAUAAGCCUGGCAAGUCCAGAGAUUUCUACCACACGUGUUACUGCCUGAGCGGCCUCUCUGUGGCGCAGCACUUUGGGAACCAGGAGCUCCAUGAUGAGAUGAUCCUCGGCAGGGAGGAGAACAGACUGGCGCCGACUCAUCCAGUUUACAACAUCUGUCCGGAGAAGGUAGCUCAGGCCCUGCAGCACUUCCACCAGCUGCCCAUCCCAGAUGACAACAGGCAGCCCGGAGCCUCCGCCGGCGAUAGACCGUCCGACCCCGCUGCCGCCGCCUCCGGAUCAUCCGACAAUCAGUCCUAGUUAGUCCUCCUUUGUGACGUCAACGUGUGAAUCAUGAACCAGCCGACUCCAGGGAACGGACUCGAACCAGCAAACAGCGGUCAGGUCUGAUUCAGGCGAGCCCCCCCCCCUGUAGCUGGACUGAGGGGCCGACCCUCGGUAGAGAGGAGGGCUGGAGUUUAGGAGGAGUUUCCCUGAAUAAAGGUUGACGGUGAUGUGAGGCAAGCUUCACGUUCCGCUCAGAUUUUGCUUGCGAUGCAUUUUCUUUUCUUUCUCUGAAAUAAAAGUGAAACUUUAAGGUUUCAGUAAAAAAUCAAGUUAAUAAAGCUUUGUAGAGCACUUUUAA